UCAUGGAGCCAUUGUUAAAUGAAGGACACAGCUCGGUUCAAAGGCCCUCCAAUGGGGACAUUGGGUACAAAGCUUCUUGGAGAUCUUCAAAGUCCAAGCCAUCUGAUCCAUUUGAGUACAUGAAUGACAAAAUCCUGCCAUGGAUCACCCAUCCAGAUCUUUGGAAGCUUGUUGAAGAGUCGCUGGUUAGCUACCCCUUUGGUACACGUCAACAGAGGAAGCUCUUUCCUCUUUACCACCCCCAAAACUUGUUGGGGAACAAGUUUCUCCCUCUUCGAGGAGCGCCCCACAGAGGGCCUGGAUGUUACAUAGCAGAAGAUGUAUAUGGAUUGGCAUACAACCUCUCUAAGAUCCCGACCAGUAGAAAAGGAUAUACUCUUGGUGCCAGAACAGCUGAGAGGUUUAAGGCGAUCAACAAGGACACGAUGCUUUACCCAGGCAUGUACCAGGCUGCAAAUCCUCAGGAGCAAAUACACAAACAAAAUUUUGCUCCAUUCAAUGCCUCGUUGCCUCGAUUUAAGACAUACUCAAAGGACAAUUCUUAUCCUGGCCCUGGCACAUACAACCCGGAGAUGAAGCCACCCCCCAAAAUCACUUGGCCAAUGAAAUUUGGAUCUCCAGACUGGGCUCAGGUUCCAUGUCUACAGAAAAGAACCCUAAAAGCUGAGUUGUCCACCGACAAGGACUUCAGAAAGCACCGGAACCGUGUGGCCUACCUAAGCCUGUUUUACAAUUGAGGUGCUGUGACUACCUUCACGUGCCCCUCCUGACCACGGAUCUAGGACUGAGGACAGGGCUGCUCUUCCCCCCUGUACUGCUGUGCUCGCUGUCUGCCAGCAUGGGACCCAGGGAGGGAAGGGGCUCCCAACUCCUA